AUGAAAACAUUACAAGACAUCCAAAAACUCAGUUAACAAUAUAAAAAUACAUUCAAUCAUACUAAAAAAAUCACGAAUUACUUUAUCUCUACCUUGUUUCCUAUUAUUGUUUAAUCUCAAACUUAUAAUCCAAUCAAUUAAUUCACUCCUUAACUUUCUGAUCAUCAUCAUAUUAUUCACAAAACUAAAGGUAAUCUUACAUCUUUGAGUCAAUCUAAAUAAUCAUUUCUUAAGAUCUAUUAAUAAACAAAAUCAAUAACAAUCUACAAGACAAGAAAAACAUUUACUUCAAUCCAUUAAUGGAAUAUCAAAAAUUUAUUCAUUAAAUUCACAACCCAAUCAAACAAUCUUAACUCUUAGUUCAAGCAGAAUUGAUCCCAAAGUCAAAAGAAAGCUUAAUCAAAUGAAUAAGGGAAACUUUUUGCAUUUUUUAUUAAUUUAAAAAGUUGGAUAUGUACUACACUUAAGUUCUUAAAAUGCAUAUUAUCAUCUGCUUUAUCAUAUAUUAUAAACGAAAGAUGAAAAGUUUUUUUAUGACUAUCUCAAAAAAACUUUUAAUUUUGAAAUACCUUAUCUUAAAUAAGAAUUAUCAAUUAAAAUUAAUAAAAAAGAUAUUAAAUAUCUUUUUGCAAUCAAUGAUAAUGAGUCAUAAUGA